GGCGGAGAAGGGACGCGGCAGGGGCGGGCAUUUGCGGGAACAGGAGGGGCGGGGUGAGGGCGGUGCCGGUGCCGGUGCCGGGCAAAGGUGAAGUCGGCGCCUAUGAGUCCAGGUCCCCCCCCCGCAGAGCUGCCAUGUCGGAGGGCGAGAAACUCAACUUGGACUCUAUCAUCCUGCGGCUGCUGGAAGUGCAAGGCUCCCAGCCCAGCAAGAACGUGUGUUUGUUGGAGCAUGAGAUCCGGUACCUCUGCCACAAGUCGCGGGAGAUCUUCCUGAGCCAGCCCAUCCUGCUGGAGCUGGAGGCCCCGCUGAAGAUCUGCGGCGACAUCCAUGGGCAGUUCUACGACCUGCUGCGGCUCUUCGAGUGCGGGGGCUUCCCGCCUGAGAGCAACUACCUCUUCCUGGGCGACUACGUGGACCGGGGCAAGCAGUCGCUGGAGACCAUCUGCCUGCUGCUGGCCUACAAGGUCAAGUACCCCGAGAACUUCUUCCUGCUGCGUGGCAACCACGAGUGCCCCAGCAUCAACCGCAUCUACGGCUUCUACGAUGAGUGCAAGAGGCACCACAACAUCAAGCUGUGGAAGACGUUCACCGACUGCUUCAACUGCCUGCCCAUCGCCGCGAUUGUGGACGAGAAAAUCUUCUGCUGCCAUGGAGGGCUCUCGCCAGACCUGCAGUCGAUGGAGCAGAUCCGCAGAAUCAUGCGCCCCACAGGCGUGCCGGAUCAGGGCCUGCUGUGCGACCUCCUCUGGUCGGACCCCGACAAGGACGUCCAGGGCUGGGGCGAGAACGAUCGUGGCGUCUCCUUCACCUUUGGCCCUGACGUGGUCACCAAGUUCCUGCACAAACACAACCUGGACUUUAUCUGUCGGGCACACCAGGUGGUGGAGGAUGGUUACGAGUUCUUUGCCAAGCGCCAGCUGGUGACGCUCUUCUCAGCCCCCAACUACUGCGGCGAGUUUGACAACGCGGGCGCCAUGAUGAGUGUGGACGAGACGCUGAUGUGCUCCUUCCAGAUCCUGAAACCGGCUGACAAGACCAAGGGCAAGUACGGGCAGUUCAGCGGCCUGAACCCCGGCAGACGCCCUGUCACACCCCCGCACAACUCGGCCAAGGCCAAGAAGUAACUGGCUGCUCCCCCUGCCCUGCCCCAUGGACAGGGGGUGCCCCCCUCACUGCCCUGCCCCCGGCUUUUUGGCUCUGCGGUCCGGUGCUCACCCGCCCUGCCUGCCUGGGACAGAGCUGAAUUGUUACUUUUAAACUCCUGGAGUUUGAGACCAAAAAUCCUGCUCCGGGGCGAGGGGGCCAGGGAGGGCUCUUGAUUUUGGGAGCGUGAAUUUAAUCUUUUUGGAUCAAGUCUGUUUUGCCAGUUGAGCCCCCACGCGCCCCCCCCCCCCAUGCCCCAUGCUGAGAGGAUUCCUUCUCGAAUAAAUAUUUACCAGAAAUUCUUACCCGUGGCAGGGAGAAGGGGCUGGGGGGCUGUGCAGGGAAUACCCCGUCCUGCCCCAUGAUCAGGCUCUAAUGCCCCUGGGAGUGGAGCGUGGAAUCUCCCCUCCACCCCCACGGCCAAUGCCAUGGGGGGUUCCUGCCUGACCUGUGAGUGGGGGCCUCGCCCUGGGUGGUGCCUUCCGGGCCCCAGCACCUCCUGACAUGCCCCCGGGGCGGAGUGCUGACGUGCAGCCACUUCUGGGGAGAGCCAUGCUGCCCCUCACUGCGGGUCGGGGGGUGUUACAGUGGGGCCAUGAACUCCGCUGGGAUCUACCUUGCUGGUGCGAGGGAGGAGAGCAGGGGGCCACAGCCCCUGCAGGGACCUUGAUGGCGCCAGGACCCAAGAGGUCCCUGCCCGGAAGCGGGUGUUGAGGGUGUCAGAGGACGCUGAGCCCAGAUUGGCAAAGUGGGGGUCGCUGUCGCAGAGGAUCUCGGGGUAUCACAGCCAUUACAAUGGGGCAGGGGGUGUUGCAUUGCUGGGGGGGCGGGGCGAAGCAUGGGCCUGCUCUUCCUGUCUCCCAUGUGGGCUGACACGAGCCAGGAGUGGGACCCAGCCUCCCGCUCUGCCUAGCAGGGCGGCCUGGGGACAGCCGGUUACUGGGCCCCAGGGCUGGGUGGGAUCGUGCUCCGGGGGCAGUCAGAGAGUUACCGUGGGCCCCAGCUGCUCAGCUCCGUAGCCAGCCCCCUCUCGGCCGGCAGCAGGGCUCUGCCAGCUUCCAGCAAUUCGCCCUGAGCGAGGACAGUCCCUGCAGGGCAAGCUGGGGGAGACAGAUACACCCCCAGCCCCCGCCGCAAUCCCACCAGCCCUGCAAGAAGGACCUAGGCUAGCUUGGCUACUGUAAGAGGAACUUGGGGGACGGACUAGCCUGCCUCCCACUCCUGGCCCAGCCUCUGCAAGGUGCAGGAGGGAAAGGAUCCUGGGGGUGUUCCUCUGCCUGGGAGAAGGGGGAGCUGAGCCUCUCCUCCAGCAGCAGCUGUGCCGGCAGCAGCCUGUUUUAUUACACAACGCCGUCCAGAACCGCGAACCGCGCCAUCCCCGCACCGCCAGCCAGCGGCGACCCGACGUCCUCAUCGCCCACGAGGCCCAGAAAAAGAUCACCCUCGUCGACGUCCCGGCCUCCUGUGAGAACAGGACCCCGGCCUUCCGCGAGGCCCCAGCGCGUAAGCUGGAAAAGUAGGGCCCCCCGGCCGGCCCCCUGAGAGCGAAGGGCUACGAGGGGCAGAUGGACGCCCUGAUCGUCGGAGCCCCGGGCGCCUGGGACCCCUGCGACGAGCGUGUGCUGCGGGCCUGCGGGAUCGGUCGAUGCUACGCACGGCUCAUGCGGCCCCUCAUGGUCUCGGACACCAGCCGCUGGUCCAGGGCCAUGUACACCGAACACGACACCGGCCACCGACAGGACCAGGAGGGGUGAGCCGGAGCGACAGUGAGAAAGGGACCGAGAGACUUUUUCCUUUGGACCAUGUGGGCGGAAACCAUAAGCUCACUGAACGUUAACUCUCCCCAAAUGGGGUCAAUCCAUCCUCAUCCUCGUAUCCGCUCAUCAUGCUCCACGCCGGAAGGUAGCCAUUCUAGGAACACCAUAGCCCAUAUCUCACCGCCUGUGCCUUGCCCCGUCAACCUUGUACCCCCGCUCAGGGAUACUGCAGAUUACGUAUUCCUUCCGCCACCCACUGCGAACUUCGCACCCCUUGAUAAUCUGUACCUCGCUCCCUGAUAACCAGGAAGGCCGACGCUUUCGCUCUGUUCCUUUUUUAAACAUCUUAAACAAAGCUUUAUUUCCA